GGGUGAACAAGAGCUAAAGCAAAAGUCGAGUCUGUGAUAGAGGACAGGCAAGAAAUAUCUUGCUCGUAGGAGGAAGCUGUUUUCCGGUGCUAUUGUUUUGCGGAAAGCUAUUGAAUCUGUCGGGCCACUAUUAGAUCAGUUUCUGGAUCAUUGGAAGUUGUAGAAUCAUUCGAGUGCAAUUUUUCACUUCGACCUAGAACAUGUCGACCAGUGCCGGUUCAAGUAGCACUGCAGGAGCAGCAGCUGGUGCGGCGGGGGGUGCUGCCGGUAGCGGAGGAGGUGGAGGAAACGCUGGUUCGGGCGGCGGGCGUCGCAACGGUAAUGGCGGUGGUAGCACCACUCCGGAAACUCCGUCGGUACCUAAGCCAGAGACUAAAGAAACUAAGUCGAACCCAAAAAUCUCCAAGGCACUGGGUACAUCGGCCAAACGUAUUCAGAAGGAAUUGGCCGAAAUCACACUUGACCCACCGCCCAAUUGUAGUGCGGGCCCGAAAGGAGACAAUCUGUACGAAUGGGUAUCGACCAUUCUUGGACCACCGGGUUCGGUAUACGAAGGUGGAGUGUUUUUCCUAGACAUUCAUUUUUCACCGGAAUACCCUUUCAAACCUCCAAAGGUCACAUUUAGAACGAGGAUAUAUCAUUGCAACAUCAACAGUCAAGGAGUGAUCUGUCUGGAUAUCCUCAAGGACAACUGGUCUCCCGCACUGACUAUUUCUAAGGUGUUGCUGUCCAUCUGUUCGCUUCUAACAGACUGCAAUCCAGCUGAUCCGCUGGUUGGAAGUAUUGCCACACAAUAUCUGCAAAAUCGGGAAGAGCAUGAUCGAAUUGCUCGCCUGUGGACAAAGAGAUAUGCUACGUGAUUUCCCAGCACUGACGUUCUGUAUAUUUUUACGUGAAAAUCAGUAAUAUUUAUAAAUCUAUCCGUAACGAAGAAAAAUACUACAACUAAUGAUAUCCUACGCAAAAAAAAAAGAAAUAAGUAGCAGAAAGCAAACACACUGUAACAAGAGAAUUUCAAAUUCAAACAGAUCGAAAUAUUAUAACUAUCAUUCGUAAAAUUAAAAAUCAGCCGCUGGAAUUCUCUUCUGCAGCGCCGUUCGAUUUUGUGUUUUCAUGAAGGCAGCCUGUUUUUCUCUCACAAUAACCCCUAAAUUAAUUCAUCGAAGAAAUGCGUAUGCCUAAAUGAAAUGGAAUAACGGUCAAAAGAUAAGCGUAGUCAACUGAUUUAUGUUUGUUUUGAUAUUCAGAAGCUAGAUUUUUGUCUCCGAAAUACCCUUAAAUCGAGAUGAAAGGAAAAUAGGAUUGUUUCACAUAGAGAACAGAUUAGUAAGGUUAUUUUUAAAUUGUGAAUCCAUUUGGCAUACCAUUAACAACACCUGUAAUGAUCUUCGAAACUCAUCGUCGCUUUCGAUCUUCCACAAGACCUUAAACAUACAGAACUCAGUUAUAGGACGAACGAUACUUCGUUAGACUAAAAUCAUUUAAUUAGGUUAAUUCUACCAACUAAUACGUGUAAGCAACGGACUGCAGUUUACGGAAUAACAUGAAAAGCGUGUGGAUGUUCGUUUCCGUUAGUUAUGUUUAUUUCGUCUAGCUAUCUUUGAAUCUUUUACAGAAGGCAUAAUUCUUGAGAACGUUUGACGUUGAGUUCUUUGAAACAGAUGAGGACGAGUGUGAUGCAAUUGCACAUUUUCCACAAAAGACUGAAUUACACUGAUCAAACGAACAAAACGCGAAUGAUGCAUUUUCAGAAUACAGCAAACUUGGCGCCGGAACGUUCUCAGAAGUUUAUUCAAACUAUUGUUCCUAUGUAGUAACGAUUGAUGUUCUGUACACCUAUUUUCUAAUGAAAACGGAAAACUUCGAUUUGCAGCUCAAAACAGUAAUAGUCUGGUCCCUAGCUCAAAUGGAACACCAUGUUAUUUCAAAACAAGUUCACCAAAAACUCUAAGAACAAACGCUGAAAAGAAUGUGAAUAAUGUGAUAUGUAAAAACGAAUUGAAAACCAACAAAAUAAGUGUCAAGUAUCAAGCUGGAACAACCUUCUAUUAGUUAGCUACCGGUCUCAGCCAACCCGCUUGUGUUUAGUUCUAUGUCACACAGUUGUUCCCGAUGGACUACUUUUAGAUCUCUUCUGGCUGAAAAUUUCAUAUCAUGCUAAAACUUUUCGCUGACUCCACUGGAACGAGAAUCCAAUCCUACGCGUAAUUGUUUGUUGGGUUUCUUUACGGAUAGGAACAGAUUAGAAGAACUUGCAUUAGUAACUAGUACAGCCCCUCCUAAUGUUGGGUUGAGAUUAUAAUGUCUAAACAAUUAAUUGGCAAUUGAAACAAUUGAAAAGCACACGGAAAAAAUAACAUCAUUGCGGAGUUCGCAAGCCACGAAUAAUGAAGCGUAAAUUGGAACAAAUGAGCAGUUAUGGAAAACCAAUAUUUAAACUAUACAGAUAAUUAAAAGCAGUCAAUGUGUAUCCAAA